CAAGAACACCACCCCAAAAAUGUUCCCAUAAUGCGGUGACAAAUAUUAUAAACCCUUCGAAAGGGGUUUAUGCGCGGCUCAAAAAACCACAAGCAGACAAAGCAUAGUGGCUUUUAUAGAAGAAGAAAAGAAGGAAAGCCAAAAGGGCAGAAAUGAGAAGAUGAGCUCACACUCACUCACAUGGGAGUUGUAAAGAGUAAGGAGAGAGAUAGAAGGCAGAGAUUACAUGGCAUCUGUUGCAGUUGGGAGCGCUUUCCGGGGUUCCCAAAAAGGCUUCAUUUUUUGAUUGCUGGUGGAGUUGCCACAACUGAUGUGUGGAACCUGACCCAUUUCACUGCUCUAUCUCUUUCCCUAAUCUGAACCAGACCCAUUUGUUUUUCUUGCCUCAAUUUCAAAACCCUAGUCCCAGAUUGUGCUCUGGUCGUCUCUGCAUGUCGAUUUUGGGAAAUGCAAUGCAAUGAUCUUGUCUCAGUAAUUUACACCUUUUUUGGUCCAGGAUGGAUGUAGCUCUUAAUCGGUCAAUGUAUUUAUCAUUGGAAGUAUUGAGGAUUCUAUGAUGACGGUUUUAGGGGUUCUGUGGCAAUUAUUGAAUCAUUUCCUAUACUUCGCUCUUCAGUAAUGAUGAGAUAAGGAAUGAUAAGGAAGAGACUGUGGAUAAAGUGGUGUUACAGUUACUAGAGAUGUUUCUCAGCAAAGAAAUUGAGGAUCUGCAUGAUGAUGACUUUGAGGGAUCCAAAACUGAGCACUGUAUAUUCACAGAGGUUUUCUUUGGUGGUGACGGUGCUAGCACGAGUAAGAGAUGUCUUGUAACUGGAGUGAUUAACUUUGAAUGUGAGUCAAGUAAGACCACAGAUACAUCACUCUCUUCAAACAGUGAAAACUCAAUUGUAACGAAUCAGUCAAAGGAGUUUUAUAAUGCUACUGAGGAAUCUAGAGAAAUUUUUGGACCAGGGUUUUUCCCGGACAGAUCCGCUUGGCUAGAUACGAAUGGCGAAGAUGUGAGUGCUAAGAGAAUGAAGUUUUCAGUUGAUGAACUUCCUAGUGCAAAACCUGGUUUAGGAAAGGUAAUAGAUUUGUCCAUAGUUUCAAAAGAAAUGGUUUCUGGCUUGUCUGGUACUACAGACUCCAUUACUGAAACACUGACAUUUCGUUUGGUCGAAUCUUCGAGUGAGGGAGUUACAUCUAGUUGCUAUCUGUUAAAGCAGCCUGCAAAACUUGACGGAGGGGCCAUAGUAGGUGACUCUGAUGUUUCAAAGUGCAGAUUACCAACUUCUGAUGGGAAUGAUGGAAAGGAACUAUGUGCAAGUAAAGCUGUUGCUUCACCUGUUUCCCAGGAGAGCUUCUCAACCAUGCUUUUGGCUACAGGUUCCCCUGUCACUCUAUUGGAUAAGUUGGGAACUCCUCUAGGUGCUGAGGGAAAACCCGAGGGGUUGGAUAGAUCUGCUAUUGCCUUCAAGAAAGACUCUAGUAAGGAUCCUCGUCCGCUUCUCCAGUAUGAUGUCAAUCGCUUACUUGAAGCUGCAGGAUGGCAUAUUCAGAGGCGGAAAAGACCUAGUAGAGCUUAUUUGGAGUCUGUUUAUGUAACACCAAAAGGAAGGUUAAUUCGUGACUUCCCCAAAGCUUGGCGGUUGUGUGGUGAACUUUUGUUUGCAGAUGGGUGCAGUUCGCUGCAGAGAGAUGAUGCAAAGGAAUGGUCCGAUAUUAAUCAGUUUUGGUCAGAUCUAUCUGGUGCUUUAGUAAAUUUUGAGAAAGAGAUGAAUCAACCAGAACCGACUACUGAAUUGGCUUAUUGGUGGAGGCUCUUAGAUCCCUUUGUGAUUGUUGUGUUUAUUGAGAGAAAGAUUCUUGCUCUGAGAAAAGGAGAGACUGUUAAAGCAACUCAAAGUUUAGCUAUUAAUACUAAUCAUAAGGUUUUGGCCUUGACUAAUGCGAAUAGUAUCAAAAAUCAUCUGGAGAAGGAAGAUGUUUCUGCUCCCCUCUGUUAUACAACUCUGGCAGGAGGGAGUGGAUCGGCAGUUUCUGAGGGGAAUCUUGUGGAAGAUGUAUCGGUGGUUUGUUCUGAGGAAAGAGAUGAACUGCUGGGAGGCAUGGCUUACGAUAAGCUGGGAGAUAAUCUGCAGGGGUCUCUGCAGUACCAAAUAAAAUGCGCAAGUAGUGUUGUUUUGAAAAAGAAAAUAAGAAGGAAGUGUAAAAAGAUUUCUGAAAUGGAACCAAGCUCCACUUCUAGUAAUAAUAUUGGUUUGCAAUGCAUUGAUGUCAGUGGUAACCAGUCAAAGUUGAAAGAGGUCGAUGGUGACCUUGCAGGCAAUAUAAGAAGUAAAGGAAGUUGCAAGAAGUCCUCAUCUCUCAACUCCUCCCAGCAUGUGGUUGGUGAAAAAAGCCCAGAGUCUAUGAAAAAUGUUCGUGAAUAUGAUUAUUUUAAAACUGGAAAGAAGAAACCAUCUAGAUGUGAAAUCAAAGAUGACGACUUACUGGUUUCAGCUAUCAUAAAGAACACAGAUUUUAGUGCAAGUCCUGGUCGAUGUUCUUCUAGAAAGAAAGGCCGCAAAUCUAGAGCUCAUAGGAAGCAUAAAAGUCAAAAGAGCCAUUGCAAGUUGCUUCUUAGAAGCCUGGGUAGUGUAGGAGUAAAAACAGUUCUGUCUUGGAUGCUUGAUGCUGGGGUCAUAUUUCUGGAUGAUGUGAUCCAGUAUCGGAAUACUAAGGAUGGUUCUGUUAUUAAAGAUGGUCUAGUUACCAGGGAUGGUAUUUUUUGCAAGUGUUGCAGAGAAGUACUUACAGUUUCUGAGUUCAAGAUUCAUGGUGGGUUCAGACUAAACCGUCCAUGUUUAAAUCUUUUUCUGGAAUCUGGUAAGGCCUUCUCCUUAUGCCAGCUUCAAGCCUGGUCAGCUGAAUACAAGUCCAGGAAACGGCGGACUCAAGUGGUGCGAGCUGAUGAAAAUGAUGAAAAUGAUGAUUCUUGCGGACUUUGUGGUGAAGGGGGCGAGCUGAUAUGCUGUGAUAACUGCCCCUCUACUUUUCAUCAGGCUUGUUUGUCUCUGCAGGAGCUUCCUGAAGGCAGCUGGUAUUGUCCAAAUUGCACCUGUUGGAUAUGUGGUCAUUUUGUUACCGACAAAGGGGCUUCAAGUGCUUCUGAUGGAUUUAAAUGUUCGCAGUGUGAGCAUAAAUAUCAUGAGGCUUGUCUUUCAGAAAAAUCCAUAAACGUACUGGAUUCUUGGUUCUGUGAAAGAAGCUGUCAAGAGGUUUACUCAGGUCUUCAGUCUCAUGUUGGCUACAUUAAUCAUGUUGUCGAUGGCUUUUCAUGGACACUUCUUAGAUGCAUUCGUGAUGACCAAAAAGUUCAUUCUGCCCAACGGUUAGCACUGAAAGCAGAAUGCAAUACAAGAUUAGCUGUUGCUCUUACUGUCAUGGAAGAAAGCUUUCUGUCUAUGGUGGAUCCUAGAACAGGCAUAGACAUGAUACCCCAAGUUUUGUACAGUUGGGGGUCUGAGUUUGCUCGUUUGAAUUUUCAAGGCUUCUACACUGCAGUCUUAGAGAAAGAUGAUGUGCUGAUAUCUGUAGCAUCCAUCAGGGUGCAUGGAACAACAGUUGCAGAGAUGCCACUUAUUGCAACUUGCAGUCGAUACCGUCGCCAGGGAAUGUGCCGACGCCUUCUGACUGCUAUUGAAGAGAUGCUGAUAUCUUUUAAGGUGGAAAAGCUUGUAAUAGCUGCCAUUCCAGAUUUGGUGGGGACAUGGACAGAGGGUUUUGGCUUUAUACCUGUAGAAGACAGAGAAAAGCAAAGCUUGAACAAGAUCAAUUUGAUGGUUUUUCCUGGAACGGUUUUACUCAAGAAGCCAUUAUGUGAAAAUAAAACAGCAUAUAGACAUCCUGGAACAUGUCAUACAUCAUCCUUGGAAACGGGAGGAGUGAGAAAAGAAUGUUGUUCUGAAGAAGAGCCCAUGGUUGAGUUUGUGCACUCUGAUGAUACUUGUGGAAACAAAACUGGUGCUGAAGCAGGAAUUGAAUUUGUAGAAGGUACUAAUUUAGAAGAAUGUGAUGAUGGUAGUAAAUUAUUUAUUACUGCUGAUACUGGACCAGUUGGUACAUCAGAAGAAGGCAAAAACAAAGCAACUGAGGUAGGUAUUCAAUCCAGAGACGCCAUUGUUGGGUUUGUACAGCAACAAGUUGUCCAUUGUUCUGCUAACAAAGCUGGUGCUGAAAUGGAAAUUAAAAGCAAGAAGUCAGUGGAAUCUGAAUCGUAUGCUGAAACUGGUAUUAAGGCUGUAAAGCAAUCGGAUGGGAUAUGUCAUGUGGACAUAGUUGCUGAUGCAGUUAGACUUGAAGUCGAGAAUUUCCAGGAAUUUGAAGCUGUAAAGCAAUCAAAAAUCUGUUGCCGGAUCGAAGUAGGCAAUGAAUCAGAAAUAAGGCAGAUGACUGGCAAGGAUUUGCUGGAAUCUGAAGUCGGCAGUGAACCAGAAGGUAGAGUUUUUGAAAGCAAUCUUAUGCAAGUGGGUGAAGCCAAAAUAAGUACUUUGCAGGAGCAAUUUUUAAAGCUGUCUUGUGAAGAACCAGCUUCAGCAGUAGAAAAUAGCAAGCCGGAAACGGUUACUAAUGUUGAAUCCUUGGAAAUGUAUGAUGAAACACAGCUUUCUUUGGAUGAUCAAUCGCAAAAAUGAUGCGAGGCGGAAAUAAAAAUGAGUUGAUUAGAAAAAUAUCCUGUGCUCAGAUCAGUGAUAUUUAUUUACUUUUA